CCGACUCUUCUUGGAUGCGUGUUGAAAUUUCCAUCUCCCUUUGGCUUCUAUAUUAUUUUGAACCCCGAUUUUCUCGGAUUCACUUUACCUUUUGUGAUUCCCAAAUUCCCAAUCCAUGAUCCUUUUGUAACAUAAAGGUAGCUGCCCACUUAUAACCAUCAACAAUCAACUUCUCAUCUAUUAAAUUGACACUAAAUGUUUGCUUCUCCCUCAAUACUUCUCAACUGUAUCCCAAUUCAUAUUCUUUCUGCUUAAUUCCUAUCAUUGCAUCUCCUUCAUCUCAUUCUUUCAACAGCCAUGGGCAAUUGCUUUGUCCUGUAUCGGCCCAGAAAAAGGCCUAUUCCUCUAGCAGCUGCAGCUAGGCAUAAAAAAGUGUUACAGGUUGUGAAGGAAGAUGGCAAGAUUUUAGAGUACAGGGCACCUAUGCUUGUUAAAGAUAUAUUGAUCAAGUUCCCUGGUUAUGGUUUCGCCUUAUCGCCUGAAGCUUCACAGCCCCUUCCACCAAGUUACCAGCUCAAGGCUGGACAUGUAUACCAUCUUCUUCCGCUCUAUGAUCCGGUUCAGAUUGCCUCCCCUGCACAUAAUUCUCCUUCAGUGGACCUGGACAGUGCGAAUGGUACUAAGAGAAUAAAAGUAAUCAUAACAAAGCAUCAGCUUCAGGAAUUGCUGUUACAGAAAGUAUCAGUGGAGGAGAUGCUCUCAGGACUUCAAAAAGAUGCAUGGGAUGGAGUUCAUUCGUCGGUGAAAAGGUGGAGGCCAUUGCUUGAAACCAUCCCUGAAGGUAGUGAAUACUGAAUAGCCUCUUGUCAUGUAAGGAAUAGGUGUUUGUUGUCUGUUAAAGGUUAAAUCUACUUACCCUCUCAGUGUACUUGAAAGAAAUACUGAAUAAGGGUUUUAAAUAUAUAAAAAGAGGACUAAGAACAGAGUCUAUUCACUUCUGGAAUCAAAAUUAAUGGACUAGAUGUUUCUAGGAAACAAUCUGUUGGCA